UGUGAAAUUGCUAAGGUCUCUUCACAUUUGUUUUAUUGCAUCACAACGGGUAAUUGGAUCGGCUUUAAAAAAGGUUUUAUUUGAAUUAGAUAUAGUGUCUCUAGAGCGUCUAUCAUUAAAUCACAGUGGUGACGUUCAGUUGGUAACGGGUGCUACGCCAUUUCACAGCUUGUGUGAGUUUAUCUUAUGGGCGAAAUCGGUGGAGCGUGAGACAGAAAACGUUUUUGUUCAUAUUGGAGAAGUUAGUAGGAUUGUUAAUUUGGACGAUGGACGCAUUUGGAUUUAUGGAGAAGGGAAUAUUGCAACUGUAUUUGUUCCCAUCCCGAAUCCCUUUGCUCUCAACGCAAUUAUAAGAAGUUGUGAAGAGGCUUUUCGUAUUGCCUUUAUUGUUUUGCGUGGAUUUUCUGCGUACCAGGAUUCUUUUGGUGUAUAUGAAGCUUUUUUUGCAGAGUAUUUACAUUAUCGGUAUCUGAUUCAUCCUGAGAAAAACAUAUAUCUUCGAGAUCUUGUCCAUGUUAUACGGUUUACGUUGGUUUCUUACGCCUCAAGUUCAGGGGUUUCACCGGAUGCUUUUUCACAGAUGAACUGCUUUGACGUGAGUAAAAAUACAACGGGAGCCUCUUUUUUUGGCUUUUCUCGUUGUAAAAUUGAGCCAGAGGGGAGAGACACGGGAAACCACAUCAAUUAUGCUGCCCAAUUGGAACAAUGGGGGCGUGAACCACUUUGGAGGUUUGCGGAAUUAAUAUGGACUGCAAUCCAUAAUGCGUCAUUGUUGUUUUCUGUAAAAGAGUCGAUGUAA